AUGAAGAGCAUCUCAAAGUUCUCCACAGUACCCUUGCUGGUAGCCAGCGCCCUCGCGCAAUUUGUCCCAGCUCCAACAGAUUUAAUUACAAAAGAAGGAUAUGCAGGCAUCAAUGUGCGAUAUAAGGAGGUUCCCGCGGGAAUCUGCGAACUCGACCCCAAUGUGAAAAGCUAUUCGGGAUAUGUAGACGUAGAUGACGACCAGCACAUCUUUUUUUGGUUCUUUGAAGCGCGCAAUCAAGACCCAAAGGACGCAGAAUUGACAGUCUGGGUCAACGGUGGCCCAGGGUCAAGCUCUAUGAUCGGAUUGUUCCAGGAGUUAGGCCCAUGCGGUGUUGGGCCAGAUCUGAAGCCGUUCAACAAUCCAUAUUCGUGGACGAACGCAAGCAAUAUGCUCUUCAUCGACCAACCUACGACCGUUGGCCUCUCGUACUCAAUCCCAAUUCCCGGUUACAAAGACGAUGGCUUCAUCAUUCAGGUGCCCAACAACACAUGUCCUGAUUAUGCUGAAGCCCAUGGUGGAUGCGGCACAUUUUCAAAACCAAACCAUACCCUGACUGCCAACAGCACCGAAGGCGCGGCACCAAACAUGUGGAAGACACUACAAGGCUUCAUGGGCGCGUUUCCAGAGUACGCUCGUAAUGGCUUCAGCUUCACCACUGAGAGCUACGGAGGUCAUUAUGCGCCUGUCUUUAACUCCUACUUCCUCGAUCAAAACGCGAAGAACAUUUCUGGCGCCCACAAGAUUGACCUGAAGAAUGUUCUGAUCGGCAAUGGAUGGUUUGAUCCGCUCACCCAAUACCAAGCGUAUUAUAACUUCUCCGUGUUUCCUGGAAAUACGUACGACUACGACCCAUACAACGACACAGUCAAGGCGGAGUGGUACAACAAUCUAUAUGGCGAAGGCAAUUGUCUCGAUCAAACGAGGGACUGCUAUGCGACAGGCCAAAACUCAAUCUGUGCCCGUGCGGAUAGCUUCUGCGCCAACAAGGUCGAAAACCUGUACGAUAUAUAUUCUGGCAGGGAUGAGUACGAUAUGCGAUACCUCACCCCAGACCCGUUCCCGUAUUCGUACUAUGUGGACUAUCUAAACACACCAGAGGUGCAAAAGGCGAUCGGUGCUUACCAGAACUUCUCUGAAAGUUCCAGCACAGUCUCUUCAGCGUUCACCAACACUGGUGAUGACGAUCGUGAGUCUGGAACUAUUGAGGCAUGUCGCAAGUUGCUGGACGCGGGUGUGCAAGUUAUGCUUUACUAUGGCGAUGCUGACUACAACUGCAACUGGCUUGGUGGCCAGGUCGUGGCAGAUAUGAUCAACGCGGAUGGAUAUUGCGACGCCGGUUUUGUUAAUAUCUCGACUUCAGACGGCAUCGUUCACGGGCAAGUGAAGCAAUCCGGACUUUUCUCCUUUCUCCGCAUCUACGAGUCAGGCCACGAAGUCCCCUUCUACCAGCCGCUCGCCUCGCUCGAAAUCUUUGAGCGCGCUUUGAAGCAGGUUGAUAUUGCAACUGGCAAGGAGAACAUAACCGACAAGUAUUUGACUAAGGGAACCCCCACAAGCACGUAUCGAGAGGGCAAUGCGACGGUACAAUUUGAUGUCACACCUAAGAAUGCGACUUAUAACACUGCGUUGAAUGCGCCAGAUCCGGAGCCAACGUGGACUGUCGGAGAGGCGGUGAGUAGGAGAAGUGUCAACAAGAGGGCGGUGGGGACGCUGGGCAGGCCUAUGAAGUCAAGGGGAGGGAAACGACUUGCUUGA